UCCAGUAUGGCGGAGUCUGUCAGGGGAUGAUCUUUUUUUUCCUCCUCCUCCUCCUCCUCCUGCGCUGAGAGAGAAGAAGAAGAAAAAAAAAAAAAACCCUCCGGAGAGCAACAUGGGAGAGAAAUAAGAGGCCGGCGGGACGCGUGUUGGGACGGCUGGUCUGCGUGUAGCUGAGCCGCGGGUGCGCUCGCACUCCUCCCCGGGAUGAACGCGUAAAGCCGAGCCGCGCCGCUUUCGGUGAUGAGAUUCAAACGCAGGGAUGCGACGCACAGACGCGGAUUCACCAAAACAAUGUCCGGCUGAAGUUUCCGCUCCGCUCCGCUCCCCUCCCAGCGUCCCGGUGGUUUUCUGCCCGAGCCGGAGCCGCGUCCACAUGUGGUUGGUACUGGUGCCAGACAUCCAACUGCUGCUCUGAUUGGACUAACCAAAUCAAAAGCCUCAUGGGGAUUGGAUGCUGCUGCUGCUGGACGUCUGCUUCCUGUUUCCAGCCUUGAGGGAUUCUCGAGGGAGCGUCCUGAGUGUUGGAUCAGCCUGAACCCGUGCGCGCGCACACACACACACACACACGCACACACGCACACACACACACGCACACACACACACACACACACACGCACACACACACACACACACACACACACACGCACGCACGCACACACAAAUGCACAGACUCUCAAUCCCAGACAUCCACAGUUUUGGCAGAACACAGCCUCUUUAUUACCACCCUGUAAAUCACAUCUGCACUAACACACACACAAACACACACUGAUCGCUUGCCGUACAGCGUGGACACCCCCCCGCCCGGUCUGUCAGUGAUGACAUCACACAGCCACCAAGAGGGGAUCUUGGGAAAGGAGCAGCCACUGGAGGUUCUGAAGACAUCGGCGCUCAACCACAUCCCAACAGUGGACAUCAACUCGGCGCUGCCCCUGCGUCUCCCACCGGCCGCCAUCCCCAUGGACCUGCGCGUGGACCAUCAUCAACAGCAGCAGCAGCAGCAGAAGGUGUCCUCGCUCUCCCCACCCGGCCAGCAGUCGCCCGGCUCCCUCGGAGGCACGGGCCAGGGCGGCGUGGUGGCGGCCUCGGUGCGCGAGCAGCAGCUGCAGCAGGAGCUGCUGACGCUGAAGCAGAAGCAGCAGAUCCAGCGGCAGAUCCUCAUCGCCGAGUUCCAGCGGCAGCACGAGCAGCUGUCCCGCCAGCAUGAGGCCCAGCUCCAGGAACACAUUAAGCAGCAACAGGAGCUCCUGGCGUUGAAGCACCAGCAGGAGCUGCUGGAGCACCAGAGGAAGAUGGAGAACCACCGGCUGGAGCAGGAGCUGGAGAAGCAGCAGAGGGAGCAGAAGCUGCAGCUGCUCAAGAACAAGGAGAGGGGGCAAGAGAGUGCUGUGGCCAGUACUGAGGUGAAGAUGCGUCUCCAGGAGUUUGUCCUGAACAAGAAGAAGGCGCUGGCCCAGCGGAGCCUCAACCAUGGAGGCCUCCCCAACGACGCUCCCUACUGGUACCGCAAAACCCAGCACAGCUCUCUGGACCAGAGCUCGCCUCCACAGACUGGUAUGUCCACCUACAACCACCCCGUGCUGGGCGUCUACAACCCUCGGGAUGACUUCCCCCUGCGAAAAACGGCCUCGGAGCCCAACCUGAAGCUGCGCUCUCGGCUGAAGCAGAAGGUGAGCGAGCGGAGGAGCAGUCCGCUGCUGCGGCGUCGAGACAGCCCCAUCACCACGGCCAAGAAACGCUCACUGGACAUGGCAGACUCUGCAUGUAACAGCGCCCCGGGUUCAGGACCAAGCUCCCCGAAUAACAGUUCCAACAACAUCCCCAAUGAGAACGGCAUCACUGUGUCAUUGUCCAACAACAUAGAGGCGUCUCUGGCCCAGAGGCUGAGCGGUGGCGCUGAGCACGGCUCCGUUAACCAGCUGUCCCUCUACACUUCGCCAUCCUUACCCAACAUCACCCUGGGGCUGCCCGCAACUGCCACGGCCACUGCUGCUUCAAACGUGACCUCGGCCCAGCAGGACGGAGGUCUGCAGCCGGCCCUCUCCCUCAGCCCUCCUUUCCUCUCCGGUGGCCACUUGACCCCCUACCUUACUGAGGCGGGCGGGGGAACAGGCGGACAUGGCGCUCACAGUCCGCUGCUCCAACACAUGGUGCUCAUGGAGCAGAGCCAGGCACAGAGCCCCCUGGUGACAGUCUUUCCUGUUCGUCACCCAGGCGUGAGCGGCCUGUCCAUGCUGCCGGCAGCGUCCAUGGCGAAGCUGCAGCGGCAGCACCGGCCCCUGGGGAGGACCCAGUCGGCCCCGCUGCCCCAGGGGAGCGCGGCGCAGGCCCAUGCCCAGGCCCUGGCCCUGCAGCAGCUCGUGGUGCAGCAGCAGCACCAGCAGUUCCUGGAGAAGCACAAGCAGCAGUUCCAGCAGCAGCAGCUCCACCUCAACAAGAUGAUGGCCAAGCCCAGCGAGUCACCUGUGGGCCGCCAGCACCAGAGCCACCCGGAGGAGACGGAGGAGGAGCUGAGGGAGCACCAGGACGGCGGAGCUCUGCCGCCGGGGGUCACCAUCAAGCAGGAGCCCCUCGACCCGCAGGAGCUGCAGGAGGAGGCGAUGCAGCAGCACCGGGAGAGGCAGGUGGAGCAGGAGCUGCUCUUCAGACAGCAGGCCUUGUUGUUGGAGCAGCAGCGGAUUCAUCAGCUGAGGAACUACCAGGCGUCCAUGGAGGCUGCCGGCCUGUCAAUCUCCUUCCCAGGACACCGCCCCCUGUCCAGGGCCCAGUCGUCUCCGGCCUCGGCGUCCUCUUUUCCAAUCAGCGUCCCAGCCCCCGAUCCUCCGGUCAAACCUCGCUUCACCACAGGUUUGGUGUAUGACUCCUUAAUGCAGAAGCACCAGUGCAUGUGUGGAAACACCAACAGCCACCCGGAGCACGCUGGACGCAUUCAGAGCAUCUGGUCCCGGCUGCAGGAGACCGGACUCAGAUCGCAGUGUGAGUGUAUCCGUGGGAGGAAGGCCACUCUGGAAGAGCUGCAGACGGUUCACUCUGAAGCCCACGUCCUGCUGUACGGAACCAACCCUCUCCGACAGAAACUUGAUUGUUCAAUCACUCCCAUGUUUGUACGGCUACCGUGUGGUGGUGUGGGGGUGGACAGCGACACCAUUUGGAACGAGGUGCACUCCUCCAGCGCGGCUCGCCUCGCCGUCGGCUCUGUGGUGGAGCUCGUCUUCAAAGUGGCUACCGGGGAGCUGAAGAACGGUUUCGCUGUGGUCCGCCCUCCUGGACACCACGCAGAGGAGAGCACCCCCAUGGGUUUCUGCUACUUCAACUCGGUGGCCAUCGCAGCCAAACUGCUGCAGCAGAGGCUCAGCGUCAACAAGAUCCUCAUCGUGGACUGGGACGUUCACCAUGGCAACGGCACCCAGCAAGCAUUCUACGAUGACCCUAAUGUCCUUUACCUGUCUAUUCAUCGCUAUGACGAUGGAAACUUCUUCCCUGGAAGCGGGGCGCCUGAUGAGGUGGGCAGCGGCCCGGGAGUCGGCUUCAACGUCAACGUUGCCUUUACUGGAGGCCUCGAUCCUCCGAUGGGAGAUGUCGAGUACCUGGCUGCCUUCAGAUCAGUGGUGAUGCCCAUAGCCAAUGAGUUCGCUCCGGACAUCGUGCUCGUCUCUUCAGGCUUCGACGCCGUGGAGGGACACCCGCCCCCGCUGGGCGGCUACACGCUGACGUCCAAAUGUUUUGGCUAUCUGACCAGGCAGCUGAUGACCCUCGCUGGAGGCCGCGUGGUCCUGGCUCUGGAGGGGGGUCACGACCUCACCGCCAUCUGUGACGCCUCCGAGGCCUGCGUGGCCGCCCUGCUCGGCCAGGAGCUGGACCCGCUGCCAAAGGCCGUUCUCGAGCAGAGGCCCAACCCCAACGCUGUGCUCUCUCUGGAGAAAGUUUUAGAGACGCACAGUAAGUACUGGCGCUCGGUGCAUCGCUACUCGCCGCUCUUGGGGCUCUCCCUGCUGGAGGCCAAGCGAGGAGACUCGGAGGAGGCCGAGGCCGUCAGCGCCAUGGCCUCGCUGUCCGUGGCCAACACCAACACCAUGGAUCAGAGCAGGCCGGAGGAGGAGCCGAUGGAGGAGGAGGAACCACUGUAACGGCGGGAAACACAAGGGUGUCACACUGUUACCAUUGACCUCCGCGGAGAACGUCCUCUUUGAGCUGCGAAGAGUCUCGACUGAACCCUUCAUUUAGUCCCCCUAAACCCCACUCACCACGUCAGUCACCUUGAUUGGCGGCCCCUCGGCCCAAAAAACGAGGGGGAGGGGGUGGGCUCAGCCUCAGAGAAGGGAGCCAAUCAGGAGACGGAGGACUGAAUAGGGGAAAAAAUUAAACAUGACAGCGUCGCUUUGGCGGCACUUGCUGAGAGACACUUUUUUCUGUCAGUCUUCACACCCCGACGUUCGCCCACAGCGGCUAACCACGUGACCAAGGCGAGUGUGUAUGGAGCGGGGGGUAGAUCGGGUCUCGCCAUAGAAAGGUGUGAUAACAGGAACAUACGGUGCUUUACGCCGCUGCCCUCUGACCGCGCACACACGUGGACACCAGGGACAGCAGACGUCCCGGGCUGUCAAACGCAGCUCGGGGAUUCUCUUUUCUCUUUUACUCGACUAUUUUACCCGACAAACUAAGGGCAUCGCGGCAACUGAGAUAAUAUUUUACAAGAUGCGUUCACUGUGGACUUUGGUCGACCGACGUUUGAGUAGGCUUCUACAAAGAUUUGACGGUGAGUCUGUCACCGUGCUGGGCCAGCCUGUCGUUGAGAAGAGACGAGGGAGAGGAGUGCCUUGAGGGAGGGUCCGCUGGAUUUCAGGAUUGUUCAGAAACAGAUUGCCUUAAAGUUUUCGGUGCGA